GCACUCCAGUCACAUGGCAGCUCAAAUCCUGCAUGGGGGCGGGACACACUUGAACAGCGGCAAUCAUUGGUUUGACAAAACACUGCAGAUGCCCAAGAAGCUUUACUUCAACAUUGGCUGUGAGAUUAAGAGAGAUAUCGAGCAUGCCAAGCAAAACCUUGAUAUACUGAUCAACGACCUGGAUAUCCACUGCUUCAACUUCCAGAGGUUUGGGAAGGAAUUGCCCAAACGGCACAACCUGAGUCCCAACUCCUUCAUCCAGGUGGCACUGCAGCUGGGCUACUACAAAGUUCACAAUGAGGUCUGUGCCUCCUGUGACAUCGCCUCCCAAAGGAUGUUUCGAGGGGGCCGCACAGACGACAUCCGCUCUCCCACCAAUCAAAUGCUCAAGUUUGUGCUUGCCUUUGACGACCCCACUAUCUCGGUGAGAAUCAUACUCAGGGCUUGACAUGUCCUUUGGACAAGUGGGAGUGAAAGCUCCGGUCAGUUAAAAAGUGGUCUAUAACACUAUUUUUACAUCAUUGUAUGAUGCAAGGAAUCACUUUACAAAAUAAAAUGCAUUAUUAUUACCAUAGA